UAUCAGUUAGUUGUAAUUUAGAAGACAAUGUCCAAGUUUGGAACAGACGAAAAGCCUAUAGAUACCUCAUAUUAUGAAUUACUUGGCGUACCGGUGAAUGCCGAGCCAAUACAGAUCAAAAAGGCAUAUAGAAAGCUAGCUAUGGUUUAUCACCCGGAUAAAAAUAAGGAACCAGGAGCUGAAGAAAAGUUUAAAGAAAUAUCAGAGGCUUACCAAGUGUUAUCAGAUCCACAAUUACGAGCAGCCUAUAACAAAUAUGGCAAAGACAAAGAAUUGGCACCGGAAGGUGGAUUCGCUGAUCCUCGUGAAUAUUUUCAACAAAUGUUUGGUGGUGAUGCCUUUAGAAGCAUUAUUGGUGAUUUAGCAGUAGGCGAAAUGUUUAGUGAAGCACAACAAGAAGAGAUGGAGCAAGAGAACCAAGAAAAUGGUAGCAAUAGCAAAAAUAGUGAUGCUAAGAAAAAUAUGGAAAAGGAACAGAUGGAGAAGAUACAGAAGCAACAGCAAGAAAGAGUAGAUAAACUCGCUGAAAAUCUCAAGUUAAAGUUGGCUUUAUAUACUGAAAGCGAAGGAGAUCAACAAGCCAUUGCAGCUUUUCAAGAACAGAUCAAGCAUGAGGCUGAAAAGCUAAAGAAUGAGAGUUACGGUAUUGAAUUGCUGCACUCUAUUGGGGGCGUUUAUUCCUUGAAAGCCAAGCAUUACUUGGGUAUUAAAGGUGGAGGCAUGCCCAGCAUUUUUGUAGGAUUCAAACAGAAAAAACAUAUUGUGAAGGAAUUAUGGACGACAGUGAAAGUGGCGAUGGAUGUUCAGCAAGCAGCAGAACUGAUUUCUAAGGCAGAAGAAAAGGGUAUGGAAAAUUCUGAUAAGAUGAAACUAGAAGAAGAAGUGACCAAUAAAGUAAGUCCCAAUGAAACUUGAUCAGCUACUAUAUCCCUCUGGAAAAUCUGACGUUGUUGAGCCUUCCCUUUUUUAGACAUACAAAGCUUUGUGGCAAAC